AUGUCACGACUUAUCACACAUGACAGGGUUCAUACUGGGGAGAAGCCAUAUCAGUGUUCCGAAUGCGACAAAGCUUUCACAACGAAGGUAAAUCUUAUCAGACACCAGAUGGUUCACGCAGGAGAGAAGCCAUUUCAGUGUUCUGAAUGUGAAAAAGCCUUUACACAGAAGUCAGAGCUUAUCAGGCACCAGAUGGUUCACAAUGAAGCAAAACCAUUUCAGUGUUCCGACUGUGACAACGCUUUCAAAACCAAGUCACGGCUUAUCAGACACCGGAGGGUCCACACCGGAGAGAAGCCAUAUCAGUGUCCUGAAUGUAACAAACCAUUUAGAGAGAAGUCAAACCUCAAUAUACACCAGAGGGUUCACACUGGAGAGAGGACCUAUCGGUGUUCUGAAUGUGACAAAGUUUUCACACGGAGGUCAAGCCUUGUCAAACACCAGAUGAUUCACACGAGAGAGAAACCAUUUCAGUGUUCCGAAUGCGGUAAAGCUUUUAUAGAGAUGUCCCAUCUUAUCAGACACGAGAAGCUUCACACCGGAGAGAAGCCGUUUCAGUGUUCCGGAUGUGACAAAGCUUUUAUACAGAAGACGCACCUCAUCAGUCACCUGAAGGUUCACAAAGGAAACAAAUCGUGUUCUGGAGUGGACAAUGCUUAUCAGACGCCAGAGGGUUCAAUGUCUUCAUCCUCAGAUACAUCGAAGAAGCUCUAG